AACCACCCUCCAUCUGUCCCUGUAUCUAUCCAUCGCGCACUGCACUGCAGCAUCUCUUCAACCACCACAGCACGCGCAACCGUCUCCCUUUGCAAUGUCGCCUCGCCGUUUCCAGCCAGCUGCGCGGGGGCUAAUAAAAAAAGCUAAGAAAAACAAUCCAAAGAAAGAAAAAUUCUCCCCUCUCAUUCCUCAUCUCUCUUCUCAAUCGAGUACUUCAAUUUCUUUGUCUCCCAGCAUCCGUCCAUUCCAGUUUCUUUGUCUCGCCUCUUCAGCCUCGCUAUCUAUAUCGCCGGAACGGACGAGCGACCUGAUCCGGCGUUCUUUGUUUGUGUGCUUCUUUGUUUGUCUCGGGUCCGUGGUUCGCGGUGUUUUCCUUUAGGAACUCUCGGGGCUCAACGCUCACUGUCGCGACCAAGCAAUGGAAGACAGUGUUUGCGACACCA